GUACCCGCUCUUCUCUUCCCCAUAUUAGCCGGCACCUCCAUAUAAUGCCACCAUUAAACUUCUCCACUCAAAAAACCAAUCAAUCUUUCUCUUUCUCUCUCAUCUUUUUCCUCUCUCUACAUAUUUUUUUUGGGUUUAACUUAGAACACUAAGUUGGAAUUCUUCAUCUUUCUGACUUUCCAGGCUGUAGUACACGUAUAGCCAUUCAAUCCAUGUCCAGUUCUUUGGAUCCUUCGCAAUUGACAGAUAAUAUGGGUGCAGAAGAUAGAGUCCAGCUGCUUCCUGCAGUCAACGACAACCAUGGAGGUGUCACUGUGAAUAUGGAGGAUCCUAUGGAUUCCAAAGUCUUCCUUGGAGCACUUAGAGCUUCAAUGUCUCAAUGGAAGCAUGAGGGCAAGAAGGGUGUGUGGAUAAAAUUACCCAUUGGACUUGCAAACCUUGUUGAAAUUGUGGUUAAGGAGGGCUUUUGGUACCAUCAUGCAGAGCCAAAUUAUUUAAUGCUGGUUUACUGGAUUCCUGAAACUAUUUCUACAAUUCCUGCAAAUGCUACACAUCGCGUAGGAGUUGGUGCUAUUGUCUUAACAGAGAACAGAGAGAUGCUUGUAGUACAGGAAAAUAGUGGCAGAUUUCAAGGAACUGGUAUCUGGAAGAUCCCUACAGGAGUUGUUGAUGAGGGUGAGGAUAUAUUUGCGGCAGCAGUCCGAGAAGUUAAAGAAGAGACAGGAAUUGAUACAGAAUUCACCGAAGUAGUAGGGUUCAGGCACACUCAUAAGGCAUUCUUUCAAAAGUCAGACUUGUUCUUUCUUUGCUUCUUGCGCCCUUUAUCUUUCAAAAUUCAGAAGCAAGAUUUGGAAAUUGAGGCAGCUCAGUGGAUGCCAUUUGCCGAAUUCGCUGCACAACCUUUCGCUCAGAGCUCUAGUCUUUUCAAGAACAUAGUCAAUCUAUGUGCAGCAAAGUUAGACAAGAAUUAUGCCGGAUUUUGCCCGGUACCCUCAAAAGAUAAUAAAGGGCCUUACAUAUACAUGAACACCAGAGAUUUACAUCAACCAGAUCACACAACUACAAAUCGACUAUGAAACGUCGAAGUUGGAUUAUAUUGUAACAUUCUUGAUAUAACUCCAUAUAUUAUUCAGGUUAUUCUGUGUCUUCUAUCUCCUCCUGAAUCUAUUGUAAUACCUUCAUUUACUUGGAAUUUUGAUGCUCAAAAAUAUGUUUGAGGGAAUUGCAGAGUUUGGAUGAAAUUCUUUGGAGAUUGUAGGGAAAAUGUCUAACCAGGAGGAUAAAAAAUUGUAAUAGAAAGUGAGCAUCAUAUUAGAACAUUCUUUCAGAUUAACUGAUGUGAAUGUAAAAUAUUGUAAUAUCUGAUGGUUAAAGGUAUAUUAUAUAAGCUGUGUUUGUUGCA